GAGCCGGGUCGGCCUUGGCCGCCCUGACUGCUGGAGGUCGGGAUCGGCGGCACAAUGAGUUCCUUUGAGGGACAGAUGGCAGAGUAUCCAACCAUCUCCAUAGACCGCUUCGACAGGGAGAACCUGAGGGCCCGCGCCUACUUCCUGUCCCACUGCCACAAGGAUCACAUGAAAGGGCUAAGAGCCCCAACCUUGAAAAGAAGAUUGGAAUGCAGCUUGAAGGUUUAUCUAUACUGUUCACCUGUUACCAAGGAGUUGUUGUUAACUAAUCCAAAAUACAGAUUUUGGGAGAAACGAAUUAUAUCAAUUGAAACUGAAACUCCUACCCAGAUAUCAUUAGUUGAUGAAGCAUCAGGCGAGAAGGAAGAAAUUGUUGUGACUCUCUUACCAGCUGGUCACUGCCCAGGAUCAGUUAUGUUUUUAUUUCAGGGCAGUAAUGGAACUGUCUUGUACACAGGAGAUUUCAGAUUGGCAAAAGGAGAAGCUGCCAGAAUGGAACUUCUGCACUCUGGUGGCAGAGUGAAAGACAUCCAAAGUGUCUAUUUAGAUACUACUUUCUGUGAUCCAAGAUUUUAUCAAAUUCCAAGUCGGGAGGAAUGUUUAACUGGGAUUUUGGAGCUGGUUCGAAGCUGGAUCACUCGGAGUCCGUACCAUGUUGUCUGGCUAAACUGUAAAGCAGCUUACGGCUAUGAGUAUUUGUUCACCAACCUUAGUGAAGAAUUGGGAGUCCAGGUUCACGUGGAUAGGCUGGACAUGUUUAGAAACAUGCCGGACAUUCUCCAUCAUCUCACAACAGAUCGCAGCACCCAGAUCCAUGCGUGUCGGCAUCCAAAGGCAGAGGAAUAUUUUCAUUGGAACAAAUUACCCUGUGGAAUUACUUCCAGAAAUAGAAUUCCACUUCACACAAUCAGCAUUAAGCCAUCUACCAUGUGGUUUGGAGAAAGAACCAGAAAAACAAAUGUAAUUGUGAGGACUGGAGAGAGUUCAUACAGAGCUUGCUUUUCUUUUCAUUCUUCCUACAGUGAGAUUAAAGAUUUCUUGACCUACAUUUGUCCUGUGAAUGCAUAUCCAAAUGUUAUUCCACUAGGCACAACAAUGGAUAAAGUUACAGAAAUCUUAAAACCUUUAUGCAGAUCUUUCCAAAGUAUUGAGCCAGAGUAUAAACCACUUGGAAAACUGAAGAGAACUAGAACAAUCCACUACGACUCAGAAGAGGAAGAUGAUGAGCUCUUUGAUGAUCCUCUGCCAGUACCUUUAAGGCACAAGGUUCCAUACCAGCAAACUCUUCACCCAGAAGCAUUUUCAACAACGACAGUAUCAGAAACCCAGCCUAAAAAGCUGAGACAAAGCAUAGGAAGCUGCAAAGCAGAGAGUAUGCAAAGCUCUCUUUCAGAAAACUUUGUAGAUUGUGAAGAAUCCAACAGUGCAAGUGAAGAAGAAUUAGAAAUCCCAGCUUCACUGCAAGGAGACCUGGACCCUGUAACACUUCACCAGCAAAAGGCUGAAAUGGAUAUACCACAGUGGGAAGUAUUCUUUAAAAGAAAUGAUGAAAUCACAGAUGAAGGUUUGGAGAACUUACCUCCCUCCACAGAAACAGGGGGAUCUCAGUCACCAAAGCUUUUCAGUGACUCUGAUGGAGAAUCAACCCAUAUCUCCUCACAGAAUUCGUCUCAGUCAACACAUAUAACAGAACAAGGAAGUCAAGGUUGGGACAGCCAAUCGGAUACUGUUUUGUUAUCUUCCCAAGAGAGAAACAAUGGAGAUACUACCUCUUUGAACCAAGGUGGCUGUAGACCAAAAAUCAAAGAGAAUAUACCUGCCUCUCAGAUGGAACAAAAUGUACUUUACCCAAAGGAUGCUUACUCUGAUUUGAAAAGCAGGGAUACAGGUUUAACUGUAGUUCCCAGCAUUGGGGAACCAACCACUCUAAGUGAUGGGAAACAGUUAUCUGAGGAAAAAAGGUUGCUAAAUCUUAACACAAACACAGAUUCGCAGAGCUCCUCUGAUUUUGAAAUUCCCUCAACUCCAGAAGCUGAGUUACCCAAACAAGAGCAUUUGCAACAUUUAUAUGAGAAGCUGGCAGCAGGUGAGAGAAUAGUAGGAAAAAGAAAAUGCUCACUCUUGGAUACUGAAGAAUUAAGAACACUUGGUCCUAGAACAAUCACUAAAAAACUUAAAUUCAUCAAUGAUGACUAUUAAAUAGAAAACCUAAAAAUGUUCAAAUAACCUAAAAGAAGGUAUUAAAGGGGACCUAGGAACAAAAAUCAGAAAGCAAACAAAUAAAAUGGUAGAACUAAAUCCAAAAAAGCCAAGAAUUAGAUUAAGCAUAAAUGCCCUGGACAUAUCAAUGCAAAGACAGAUUCAGGCUAAAAAUAAACCAGUUAUAUAUGCUUCCUGUAAGAAAUUAAAUGAUAUAUAUGCAGGUUAAAAGUAAAAGGAUAUGGGCCGGCACUGUGGCACAGUGGGUAAAGCCGCCACCUUCAGUACCAGCAUUUCAUAUGGAUGCUGGUUUGAAUACCAGCUGCUCCACUCCCUAUCCAGCUCUCUGCUAUGGCCUGGGAAAGCCGUAGAAGAUGGCCUAAGUCAUUGAGCCCUUGCUCCCAUGUGGGAGACCUGGAAGUGGCUCCUGGCUCCAGAUAGGCACAGCUCUGGCCACUGCAACCAUUUGGGGAGUGAAUCAGCAGGUGGAAGACCUCUCUCUCUGCCUUUCCUUCUCUGUGUAACUUUGACUUUCAAAUAAAUAAAUCUUAAAAAAAAAAAAGUAAAAGGAUGAAAAACGAUAUACCAUGUAAACAAUAAAGGAAAGCUGGUGUGGCUACGUUAGUAUCAAGCAAUGUCCUAGUGAUAAAAGUCCCAGUUCACCACAACAUAAUACUAAAUGUGUACCUAACAAAUUCAAAGUAAAUGAAACAAAACCUGCUGAAAAGACACAUAAUAAUGCACAAUUAUAAUUAAGGACUCUUAACAUCCCUCUCAGUAAUAUGGAGGUACUUCAAAAAGUUCAUGGAAAAUGAAAUUAAAUAUUUUGGUAAGAAAAAAUUUUUAAAUCCAUAUCUAGUUUUUUCAUAAUAUAUAUUUUCCAUUAACUUUUUUAUUUUAAGUCAGAGCUACAGAGAAUGAUCUGCUAGUUCAUUCCCCAAAUGGCCUCAACAGCCAAGGCUAGGCCAGGCCAAAGCCAGGAGUUUCCGGGUCUCCCAUGUGGGUACAGGGGCCCAAUGAUUUGGGCCUUCUGCUGCUUUCCCAGGCCAUUGGCAGGGAGCUGGAUCAGAAGCAAAACAGCUGAUUCUCAAACCAGCGCCUAUAUGGGAAUGCCUUGACUGCAGACAGCAGCUUAACUCACUGCAUCAGCCCCUCUGAACUUUUUGAAAACCCUACAUCUACAGAAAAUCAACAAGAAUACAAAAGAACUGAAUGCUACUUGUAAGCCAACUGGACUGACAUUUAUAGGACACCCACUACACCAAACAAAAGCAUAAUACGUUCUUCAAUUCUACAAGGACAUUGACCAAGAUAUGCUGUAUCUUGGGUCACAGAACACUGCAUGCAGGCUAAAAGAAUAAACUUGGAUCUAUUUCAACUUCAAAUUUAUCUCAAAAGAUGGUGUAUCAUGUAAGAACCUUGUGAUUAAGUGGUAAAACUACACCGAGAAUAGUUAAAUAGUUAAGAUGUAAAAGAAAUCCUUAAGAAUUAAAUGACAAAGUAUAUUUGUGUUCUGUGUCAUUUAACUUCCUUAAAAGCCAUUAAUUAUGCUUAUGUUUUGGUAUUAGGAAUUAAUUUGGUGUGCUGACAUUUCAUAGGUUAAGGAAACAAAAGUGGAUACAAUCACUUAAAACAAAUGUAAGUGGAGUCUCAAACAUAACUUGCAGAUUAAACUCUGCAUCAUCAAUAUGCUGCAUGGUAAUAUUAGUUCCACCAGACAAAUUAGGGUAGCAAGACUCAAGAAUCAAUGUAUAUGUAAUUGUAUUCAUUUGUAUAUAUUAUGAUACUUAAGGUAUAAUACUAAAAUAUGAUACUUAUGACCCAAGGUGGAUACUCAAAAAACACCUAUAAACAUUCUUCUGCCUAUAUGUCUAGGAUUAAUAAUCAUACCAUUUUCAUGGUCUCAUGUGAAUCUGACAUGAAUGUUGGUUAAAUGAUUCUAAAGGCUAAGACAGUAGAACAGGCUGAUCAACAAACUUGUAGAGAUUUUAAAGCAGAGGUAUAAAUACAACUAAUACAAGAGGAUACUUCAAAAAAAUUCAUGGAAAAUGUUUUAGGGUGAAAAAAUUUGUAAGUCCAUGCUUAUGUAGAUUCUUCAAUAGGUUCAUUAAACUACAUAUGAAAAAUUAUGCAUGAAGCCAGGAGCUUCAUAUGGGUCUCCCAUGUGGGUGGCAGGGACACAAGUACUUGGGUCAACUUCUGUUGCUUUUCCAGAUGCAUUAGCAGGGAAGCGGAUUGGAAGUGAAACAGCCAGGACUCCAAUUGGUACUCACAUGGGAUGCAGGCAGCAGCUUAACCCACUGUGCCACAAUGCCAGACCCAACAAGAACUGCCUCUGAUGUGGGCAGGCAGGGAGCUAAUGAGCAAACAGGAGCUCUUUGCCUGCCAGAAGCCUCUGUGCUGCAACCCCACACCACACAAACCCCACCCCCUUCCAGGCCGAUUUAACAUGGCUACAGGUAGACACACCCAUUUACCAUCAAGUACCUACCCUCCCUUCCCAUCAUGUAGAAGACACCAUGAUGACCACAUAUAUACUGCAGCCCCAAGUAGAGAUGCCAUGAUGCCUGAGAUUCCUAUAAAAGGGAAACAGAGGCAAGUGGUAUAAAAGCCCUGCCCAAACUGUCUCAAUGGAAUAUUCAACUAGGAUACUACCCCUAUCCUACAUAGGGACCAGCCCAACUUUGGUGGGAAACCCCCUUCCGUUCUCAUGAAAUGUUGCUCAUACUCACAUCUUAGUGUGUACUAUCCCUUUAAAAAAAAAAUCUUUUUCUCAUGUAUAUAAAAACUGCAGAUUUAAAAAUUUUUCCAAAAAUCUAUUUUUUCAUUAACUUUUAAUGUAUAGUACUUACUAAAAUAAUGUGUUACAUUUUUCAGGCACUGUAUAUUAACUCCUUUAAUCCUCACAGCCACCCUUUGAGGUAGAUUAGGAGCUAAGGCACAGAAGUGACUUCACAUAGCUAGUAAGAGGCAAAGUCAGGAUUCAUACAUAAUUUGAUUUUGCAGUCCACAGUCAUACUAUGUGCUAUGAUGGCUUUCAAAAAGGGCAUUAAAAAGGGACAGAGUUAAUUGUAAUGGCUGCUUGAUCUUCAAGUAUAAGUUGCAACAGGAGCAGGUGUUUGGUCUACUAGUUAAGCUGCCAGUUGGGAUGCCCACUUCUGAUACCUGGGUGUUUGAGUCUUGGCUCUGCUCCUGAUUCCAGCUUCCUGCUAGCAGGCACCUUGAAAGGCAGCAGUUGAUGGCUCACAUUAUUGGGUCCCAGCACUUGCGGGAGAGUAGGAUUAGAUUCCUGGCUUCCAGCUUUGACCUGGCCCAGUGGCAGCUGUUGUGGAUAUUUGGGGGUUGGGGAAGACGACGGGAAGUGUGUCUUCCUGACUCUGAAAAUUUAAGUUUCAAAAUGCCAAGAUAAAUCAGAAGAAACCCAAUGGCUAGCCACAUUUCCCUCAAAGAAGCCUUCUAGGACUUCAAUAUUUGUGUAAGUAAUAGAAAUUGAUUUUUUCUAAGUUUGCCUUACAUUAAAUAUAAAAUACUUAAAAACAGGUGUAAUUUACAGUCUAUUAGCUGGGUGAUCUUGGGCAUAUCAGUAUUACUUAACCAGUUUAAGCCUGUUACCUUAGUUAUAUAGGAAUGACAGCACCAACCUUACAGAUUUCUGAGAACAUGUUGUAUAAAAGGUCUAAGACUUGCUCAAUGAAAAUUAGCUCUGAAUUCUAAAAUUCCUUUGCAUUUCCAGGCAGUAUCUAGCACAGUACAUUUAAGACCUGAUGACUCAAAGCACAGAAAAUUUCAGAAGUAUUCAUCUACUCUGUGCUAACUGAAUAUAUAAUUGUACUUUUACUAUUCAAAAGCACAAACCAUAACAAAAAGUUUUCUCCAAAGGAAAGCAACAUUUAAAGGAAUUGUAUGUAAUCCUUUG